AGUAACGAUAAGGGAGCACACUCAGACACUGGAGGAGGACACAGAUAACCUGUCCUAUGUGUGGGUCCUCUCAAGGCUUCACAGCCUCCUCCCAGCACAGCACAGUUAUGUUAACCUCAGAUAGCUCCCCUUCACCUCACACCACAGUGGUCACCACCCCGACCAUGUCGGACUCAGACCCUCAGGACCCAGACAURACCCACUGGAGUGAAGCUGAGUUUCAGGAGAGGUGCACCUACAUUGUGAAGGACCACACGUUGGAUGAGGAACUGGAGAACCACCCAGAGAACCGGGACAAGACCACGGCUGAGAGGUCUCUACCCCGAAACCUGGUCCUGAAACGCUGCUUUGACUCUGCAGAGGUGCUUGGGGUGACCAGUCGGGAGCUCAUUCCGAAGGGGACGCGGUUCGGCCCUCUGGUUGGCCAGAGCUACACCAAUGACACGGUGCCCAAAGAUGCCAACAGGAAUUACUUCUGGAGGGUGUUUUCAGAGGGUCGGUUACAUCACAUCCUGGACGGCUUGGACGAGGAGAAGAGUAACUGGAUGCGCUACGUCAACCCAGCCCGUUGUCACGGGGACCAGAACCUGGCGGCGUGCCAGACUGGCAUGGCCAUCUACUUCUACACGGUGAGAGCCGUGCCACCGGGCCAGGAGCUGCUUGUGUGGUACUGCCUGGAGUUAGCCAACCGACUCAACUACACACCCCCUGGAGAGCUCGCCACAGAGAGAAUUGAGCAAAACCAGGUUUGCGGGAACAGUUCAGGGACGAGGGGGUACAGCAUGUCCGAAAUCCUGAGGAAGGAUCCCACCAAGCCCCAUUCCACUGCCCCCCUACUCCCCAAAUCCACACUGUCCCCAACCUGCAGCCCUGUCCUGCCCCUCAGCCCCCGUGUGGUCUACCCCAGCUACCCACCUAUCCUAUACUGUGGCCCCCCCAUUCCCAAAAGAACCCUGGACAGAAGCCCUGUCACUCCCCACAUGCACUUUCCUGUCAAUCCUCCCCCGGGCAUCUCCAUCACACCCAAACAUUACCCAGAGUCCUCAGUGCCAGGCCAGAUGUACCCCAGUCAACGGUGCAGUCCCUACCUCAUACCUCACUAUCCACUUGGCCUUACCAGCCUACGACCUCACACAUACCCCCUGUGCAGUGACAGACUAGCUCCACAUAUACCACUUCCACCUCACAUGCUGCCCUUUGAGGGGUACCCGCACUUCCUGCACCCAUCAGCCAAUGGACACAAAGAGCUCCCGGUUUCACUGACCACUACACACAAAGACCUCUCACUUACCAAUGGCAGCAGAGAUCUGCCCUUUGCACUGACAAAAAAAUACGUAAUUUGUUUGACGACCAGUGGGCGCAAACAUCUUGGUGACCUUAUGCCCUCACCAAAAAAAUACCUCAAAAACCUCACUGUGACACCAACAGACAACUUCAGGGACUCUAAGCAUGCCCCUGCCAGCAGCAACUUCGAUGACCAGCCUCUACCAGCCACCUCCAGGGCCUCAUCCAUGGCCUCAUCCCCUCGCGCACCCAGGGGAGGCUCACCGCCGGCAGGCCUGGCUGCCUCCUCUGACUACCUCCCCUCCAAGCCCACAUCCGCCCUGCUGAGUUCCAGCCACAGUGCAGAGGAAGGGGCAGUAGACUGCGGAAGGCCAGACGUGGUGGACGGGUCAUCGGGUACAAGACCCUGUCUUACCCGCUCACCGGAAGAACGGGAAGAUCCGGUACGAGUGCAACGUCUGCAGCAAGAUCUUCGGGCAGCUGUCCAACCUCAAGGUUCACCUGCGUGUCCACAGUGGAGAGCGGCCCUUUAGGUGUCAGACCUGCACUAAGGACUUCACCCAGCUGGCCCACCUCCAGAAACACUUCCUGGUUCACACUGGAGAGAAGCCACAUGA